AGCAGCGACUGUGCGGUGAAAGCGGUGGUUGUUGUCCCGCUUUAGCAGCUCGGCGGCUCAGACAUGGGGGAGAUCACCCUGCCACGGCGCAUGUUCCUCUGGUGCAUGGCGGUCAUAUACCUCGCUGCUUUUGUUUCCCUCUAUGUGCAGAUACCAGGUCUCUAUGGUAACGAUGGACUGAUGCCUGCUCGGAGGCAGCUGCGACUCACUGGUAAACCUCUCAGGGAGCAGCUGCUGGCCUCUCCCACCCUCCUGUGGUUUGGCCCUACGCUCGGCCUGGACACGCACACCGCCAUGGAGCUGCUGUGUAUUCUCGGCGCUGCGCUGAGCCUCGCCGCUGUUCUUUUUGAGGCUCUCCGAGACAGCGUGGUGUUUUUCUUCCUCUGGGCCAUGUACCUUUCCAUGUACCAGGUGGGGCAGGUAUUUCUCUACUUCCAGUGGGACAGUUUGCUUCUGGAGACCGGUUUCCUCUGUAUCCUGGUUGCUCCGCUGACAUUAAUCCGAGGGUCCCGAGCUGUCAGAGAGCACGAUGGUGUGACCUUCUGGCUGAUCCGCUGGUUGCUCUUCAGACUCAUGUUUGCCUCUGGUGUGGUGAAACUCACGUCAAGAUGUCCUACAUGGUGGGGCCUUACAGCUCUUACGUAUCACUAUGAAACUCAGUGUAUCCCCACGCCGGCGGCCUGGUUUGCCCACCAGCUACCAGUGUGGUGGCAGAAACUAAGCGUGUCGGGGACCUUCGUCAUCGAGAUCGCUGCACCUCUGCUUUUCUUCAGCCCACUGCGCAGACUCCGACUCGGUGCUUUUUACCUGCAGGUGCUUCUUCAAGUUCUCAUCGUUUUCACUGGAAACUACAAUUUCUUCAACCUGCUGACUUUGGCCCUCUGCCUGUCACUACUGGACGAUCAGCAUGUAAACUUCUGGCUACGCAAGAAAGACAAGGCGUCCAACAAUGACUCCAGGUGGUGGUCUUGGCUGUGUUACCUGGUGGAGCUGGCCGUCUGGUCUCUCCUGAUCUUUGGAUCAGUUGUGAGCUUUGACCUGCAGCUGGAUGCAAAGAAGAAGAUCAUCACCUCCAGGACAGCAUUCACAUACCACCACUUUAACCAGUUUCUAAAGACUGUCACCAUCCCCUGCAUCUGGAUCGGUGUUCUAUCCCUUACCUGGGAGAUGAUCAGAGCCAUGUUCAGGUGUGCGUGUAGAUCAGGUUUCCUGAGGAGGUUUUUGGGAACUGUCCAGUGGACUCUAUUUGCUGCUGCCACCACUGCCAUGUUCACUGUUAGUCUGGUGCCGUUCACAUAUAUUGAGUAUGACUCAAACGCCAGGUUGUGGCCAGGAGUGCGUCAGGCCUAUGAUCUGGUGGAUCGCUACCAGCUGGUGAACUCGUACGGUCUGUUCAGGAGGAUGACCGGGGUCAGCGGGCGGCCAGAGGUCGUUAUCGAGGGAAGCAAUGAUGCAGUGACGUGGACGGAGAUUGAGUUCAUGUACAAGCCAGGUAACCUCAGUGCACCUCCUCCUGUGGUGACUCCUCAUCAGCCCAGGUUGGACUGGCAAAUGUGGUUUGCUGCCCUCGGGAGUCAUUCACAGGCUCCGUGGUUCACCAGCCUCUUGUACCGACUGCUGCAGGGCAAAAGAGAUGUGAUACAGUUGAUCCAGACUGAUGUCUCUCAGUAUCCGUUCCACCAGCAGCCUCCGGCCUACGUCAGAGCACACCGCUACAGAUACUGGUUUACUGAGCCAAAGGUGGACGGGUCUUAUCCACAGAACUGGUGGAGGAGGGUCUAUGAUGAAGAAUACUACCCCAUGGUGCACCUGGGUAACACCUACCUAGAGACCAUGCUGAUCCAGUAUGGACUCAAGGACAAAUCCCCUCCACGUAUGUCCAACAACGCUGUUGCCCAGGGAGUGAGGUGGAUUCGCUCCCAGGUCAGAGGUGUUCCUGCUCACACACUUAUCUGGAGCCUGAUGGCCUGCAGCGCGACUCUCUGUCUGCUCCUGGGGUUACAAAACGGGAACAAAAGCACAAGAAAGACUCCUCUUCCUCCUGAGGCCGAUCACACAGAACAUGUGGCUGAUGGAUCCUCAGCCUCCUGUGGGGAGUCGGAGGAACGGCAGAGAGCGGAGGAGGACGAGGAGGAGGAAGAAGAUGGAGAGGGGAGUGAAGAAGAGGUCGAGGAGGAGGAGGAGGAGGAGGGUGGAGAGGCGAAAGACUCUGCUGGUGAAGAGGAGGAGGAUGAGAAAAACAAGCUCUGUGAAUGAAAAGGUUUGAAGGUAAUCCUGCUGCAGACUACUCUCACGAGCUGCCUUUAUACAUUUUUCGCAGAAAUGACCAAAAAAAGUUGUUCUUUGUAUGUUUGUAUUCCCUGAUCGAAAAAAAAAAAAGUUGAUCUGCCUCCUCCUCGUUUAUCAUUUACACCAGCAGCACAAACCACUUUGAUCCACUGAUUCAGCAGAUGUUGCCAGGUGUAUGUCGAUGUAUAAUGUUCCCUGGUUUGAGAGUUUGAGAGCUUUAAACUGAAUUCAGCAUCAACUCAAAUGGUGAGCUGCUUUUUCUUUUCACCUGUCGAGAGUAAGUCUGUGUUGUUUCUUAUGUCUUCUUACUUGUAUAUGAAUACAGGUGUGUGUGUGUGUGUGUGUGUGCACAUGUUUAUUAUUAUUAUUAUCACUGAGGUCUAAUGUCUCUUGCUGUAUGUACUGAUCUAAAUCAGCUCUGCACUUUUUUUUUUCCACUUAAAUGUCGGAUGGUUUUUGUCCGUACUAUAAAUGAAACAUCACACAUUCAUGGCGUACUUUUUAAAAGAUUUUUAUAACAUGAAAAUACAAUAAAAUAUAAGAGUGACACGAUA